AUGAAAUCAUUAAAGAAGGACAUCGAAAAACUUUAUCCAUAAUUUAAUGUUGUAGAGGUGCUUCGAUGUAAUAAAUUCAAAAAAACUAUUAUCCUUAAAAGACUCAAUAAACCAUACAUCUUGAGAUUGUACAGUUUAGAGGAUAUUAAUAAGAACACAGUAACUUCUCUAUUACAAUUUAUUGAUAAACUAUCCAAAACUUGCAAUCCUCAUCUAGUUAAAUUUUAUGAAGCCUCACAUGAUGCAGAUAAUACUUAUUUAGGAGUAAUAAGUGAUUAUCACGACACACAAUAUUAAUGUCCUUUAAAAGAAUAAGAAAUCCUUAAUGUUCUAAUAUAGAUUUGUUCAGCACUUGAAUUAUUCCAUCCGAAGAAUCCUCAUGGAAAAAUAAGUUUAUCAAAUAUAUUUUGUUCUUAGCAAACUACAAUUUUGGGAGAAAUGAAUAUUUUAUAAUAUCUUUAUUAAGAAAACUAUUAAGAUAUAUAUUUAUUAGCUCCAGAAUUUGUAAAAGUAAGAAAAUAUGAUUGUAGAUCUGAUAUUUGGAUGCUUGGUGUUUUGGUUUUUUAAUUAAUGUUUAAGGAAUAACCCUUCAAAGCAAACAAUAUUAGUGUUUUACAUAAAUAAAUACUAAAAGGAAUCAAAUUUACUUAUCAUCCAUAAUAUAGUCUGAAUUUAAAUAAUUUAUUAAGAAUAUUACUCUGUUAUGAUCCUGAAAUAAGACCCUCAAUUGGUUCAGUUAAACUUUUUGCAGAAUAAGCCUUGAUAAGCCCAGAAAAAUGUGAUGUUUUAUAAAUACUAUCGAAAUUUAAGAUUGAUUAGAUUGUAUUACAACAAAAGAAGAAGGAACCAAGGCGGAAUGUAAUGGAAAAUUAAAUCUACUUGAAUAAUAAAGUUUUAAAAUAUCCUUCAUUUAAACCUUCGAAGAUUUUAAAAUCAGAGAAGAAAAUUAAGUUCACAAAUCCCUCUCCUCAACGUUAGGGAGACAAAUUUAGUAAUAAUGACAGUUGUUUAGAUAUCAAAUAAUAAUUAGUCACUCUUCAAUUGGAGUUGGGGGAAAGUAAAAAAAAUUUAUCUUUUACUGAGAAACACUCUCAAUCAUCAAAGAAGCUACUGAAUUAAACCUAGAUUUCUUAAAAAUAAUAUUACAGAAAUUAUGAUUAUGUUUACCCUGUCUAAUUACCCAAGGUUGUAUAGUAUUCAUUUAACAAAAUAACAUUUGAUAAUGAGUCAAGUCCUAUGAAAUAAAAAGAAUAGUAAUAUCUUUGA